CUACUCUAUAAGCACAUUGAUGAGUUCCGCAAUAGACGAAAAGUAGCGCAGCUAAUUCAGAAUUUACAACACCUGUAACGGGCUCAAGUGGUUUCGACGACAAAUAUAUAGAAGGGUUUAAGUCAUUUCUUCUAAAUGCUACUGAAAUUUACAAAAAGUUAAUUGAGAAAAUCCAAAGUUAUUAUGUACUUCCCAAAGAAUCUUCAUCCUUUAAAAAGGGCGGCAUUGAUGCUUCUGUUGAACCGACAAAAUCGCCGAAACACGACUUCUUAUGUCAUCAGUUUUUAAUGUCUUGGGGAUCUUGCUACAAAUAUGGAACAAGUUGAAAAAUCUAGCGUCGUCCAGCAUAAUUGGUCAGUUGCAGCCACCUACUACUUGGAAGAUGCAAGGGCAUGGCCAGAUAGUGGAAACCCCCAAAAUCAGUUGGCAGUACUGGCAACAUAUGUGGGUGAUGAGUUUCUUGCUCUAUAUCAUUGUGUAAGAAGUUUAGCCGUAAAAGAACCUUUCCCAGACGCCUGGAACAAUCUCAUUUUACUAUUUGAAAGGAACAGGUCAUCUGAUUUGCAUUCUCUUUCAAGUGACGCGGAAUUUGAUUUCCUAAAUCCAUUUGAAAGAAGUGAUUCUCUAGUUAAAUCAGAAUAGAGUGAAAAGAUUUCACUGGACAAUCUGUUGAAGGAUGCGAAUGAUCAUUAUGGAACGAAUUUCUGGCCACUUCUUAUUCGAACACUAAGUUUCUUCUUCUUAAAAUCCAGUUUGGAGGACUUUCCUUGUGCUUUUGCAUCUAUGAUGGGAGUGUUCGUUGCGAUGAUGGCUUUAGAUGAUACAAAGCUGAGAGCUAUGUUGGAGUCUUAUCGGCUUAUGGAUUUGACUAGAACUGGCCCUUUACGAGCACUUCAAGUUUCCAUUUUCAUCUGUCUUCCAUAAUCUAAUCAGUAACCCCGAAUUGCAAGGGUCGAAAGACGGGAAAAUUAAGCAUUAUCUAGAAUUGGUACAAUUUGCAUUGACUGCUACAUUCAUUUUCAUGGGACGUGUUGUAUACUGGUGUUUGAAGGCGAAUAGUUUGGCCUCGUGUCCCCUUCUACUUCCGUACUUGUUUUUGUCGAGUGGCUGGUGAGCAUGCUUGAUGAAGUUGAAGCACAUGGAGUGGAUGAGAAAACUGAAAGCUCGGUUUCGUAUUUUUUCGCUGCUUUUAUCUAGCUCUUGCAGCAAUUCGAUGUUAGUGUUGUAAUUGUGUCUGGUGUCAGAACUGCACUAUGGGAAGACUACAAGUUGAGGGGAUUUGCACCAUUAGCUCAACUACAUGUUUCAUUAGAUUUCUCACCAACGGGAUCAGGUAGACAGUUACGAAAGUGGGAUUGAAUGCUGUAUGAAGCGUAUAGACAAUGCUGCGAUGAAGAUUGCAAGCAGAUCAAAUGGUUCCUAUAAAUGGAUCACCGAUAAUAGUUUGCGACUGAAAUUGUACUCGAAAGAUG